AUGGGUGUGACUUCUCAGGCCCUUGCCUUUGGCCUGGAGAUUCACCCAGGCACUGCGCAGCCUGAAGCAUAUAACAGCACCUCCUCAGAACUCAACCUGUCCCACCCGAUCCAUGGAACUGCCCUCGGGAACCACACCGGUGAUCUCUCAGAGCACCAGCAAUAUGUGAUUGGCCUUUUCCUCUCAUGUCUCUACACCAUUUUCCUCUUCCCCAUUGGUUUUGUGGGGAACAUUCUGAUAUUGGUGGUGAACAUCAGUUUCCGUGAAAAGAUGACAAUCCCAGACUUGUACUUUAUCAACCUGGCGGCAGCGGACCUCAUCCUGGUGGCCGACUCCCUGAUCGAAGUGUUCAACCUGGACGAGCAGUACUACGACAUAGCUGUCCUGUGCACCUUCAUGUCCCUCUUCUUGCAGAUCAACAUGUACAGCAGUGUCUUCUUCCUCACCUGGAUGAGCUUUGAUCGGUACAUCGCCUUGGCCAGAGCUAUGCGCUCCAGUCUGUUCCGCACGAAGCACCACGCCAGGCUGAGCUGUGGCCUCAUCUGGAUGGCUUCUGUCUCCGCCACCCUGGUACCCUUCACCAUCGUCCACCUGCAGCACACCGAGGAGGUCUGCUUCUGUUUUGCAGAUGUCAAGGAGAUCCAGUGGCUUGAGGUCACCCUGGGGUUUAUCAUCCCCUUUGCCAUCAUAGGUCUCUGCUACUCCCUCAUAGUCCGAGUUCUCAUCAAAGCUCACAAGCACCGAGGUCUGCGUCCCCGGAGGCAGAAAGCCCUCCGGAUGAUCUUUGCUGUGGUCCUUGUCUUCUUCAUCUGCUGGCUGCCAGAGAACGUCUUCAUCAGCGUUCACCUCCUGCAGAGGACACAACCAGGGGCUGCUCCCUGCAAACAGUCUUUUCACCACGCCUACCCCUUAACUGGCCAUAUUGUCAAUCUCGCAGCAUUCUCCAAUAGCUGCCUGAACCCCCUUAUCUACAGCUUUCUUGGGGAAACUUUCAGGGACAAGCUGAGGCUGUAUAUUGAACAGAAAACAAACUUGCCAGCUCUGAAUCGCUUCUGUCAUGCUGCCCUAAAGGCAGUCAUUCCAGACAGCACCGAACAGUCAGAUGUUAAGUUCAACAGUGCAGUGUGA